AUGACAUUAAGUAAUGCAACAAACGCCACACUUAGUUUAGUACAGGGCUUUACUUUUGGAGCCGUAGAUUAUGCAGUCUUUACAUUGCUAUUGGUUGUUUCUGCUGGUAUUGGUGUUUAUUUCGGAUUUUUUUCGGGAGAAAAUAAUACUGCAGAUGAAUAUUUACUUGGUGGCAAACGAAUGAAACCAUGGCCGAUUGCAAUUUCUUUAGUUUCAAGUCAAUUAUCAGCAGCAUCAGUUAUAACAAUACCAGCAGAAAUUUAUUCAUAUGGCAUAAAUUUCGCAUUUCUUGCGGCAGGAAUUAUUUUUGUUACACCUAUUCUGUGCUUUGUUAUUUUGCCAGUGUUUUAUAACAACAAUAUUUCUAAUUGCUAUGAGUACUUGCAACUGAGAUUCAACAAGCAAACCCGUCAACUUGUUACAUUUUCAUUUGUCUUUACGGCUUUCCUGCUGUGUCCAGUUUUCACCUUUAUACCAGCUUUAGCAUUUUCACAAGUAACGGGCUUCAAUAUACAUCUUAUCAAUGCAACAGUUUGUUCUAUUUGCGUUUUCUACACAAUGUUUGGUGGUAUAAAAGCUGUAGUUUGGACGGACGUUAUACAAGCUUCCGUUAUGGUACUAUCUAUUAUUUUGGUAUCGAUAAUGGGAAUCGUAGCUAUUGGAGGGAUUGAUAAAGUUUUUGAAAGAGCUUACGAUGGAGGUCGACUUGAUAUCAAUUGGACCUUUGAUCCAAGAACUCGUACUUCAUUUAUAAGUUGUUUUGUUGGAGGACUAUGCUUAUGGACUAAAAAUCUUGGACUCAAUCAAACUUGUGUACAAAGAGUUUCUGCAUUACCUUCUUUACAGGCCGCUAGAAAGGCUCUAUUGAUUUUUACAAUUUUAUUUCUUAUGGUAACCUUCGUAAAUGUCUUUACUGGAGUUCUUAUGUUUUCGAAUUAUUUUGAUUGUGAUCCAAUAACUGUCGGAAUUGUUGAGAAACCUGACAAAAUGAUGCCAUUUUACGUUCAGGAUAUUGUUGGUCACUUAAAAGGAAUGCCUGGUGUUUUUAUUUCGUGUGUUUUUAGUGCAGCUUUAGGUUCAACAUCUGCAAACUUAAAUACCUUGGCAGGAGUGUGUUACUUUGAUUAUAUUAAACCAUUUAUAAAACACACCGAACAUAAAGCAAAUAUAAUUAUGAAAACAUUUGUGUUUUUCACUGGAGUAUAUUGUGUAUUGGGAGGUUUUGUGGUGGAAAAAUCAAAUUCAAUUCUUCAAACAGUUUUAACUGUUUCUGGAAUAUCAUUUGGUACAAUACUUGGAGUUUUCUUCUUGGGAUUAUUAGUGCCAAAAGCUCAUGGGAAACCAGCAUUAAUUGGUAUCAUUGUAGCCAUGAUUUUAAUGGUUGGUCUUAUAUUUGGGACCCAACGUAGAAUGCAAAACGGUAGGCUUGUGUAUAAGACCUUACCUAGUAGAGUAGACGGAUGUGAUCGUUUUAAUUUUACACACCAUAGUUCAAUAUUCACCCAGAUUCCGAAACCAAUAAGAGAUGGCCCAGAGUUCAAUGAUGAAUUUUCGAUAUUUGACAUUUCUUUUAAUUGGUACAAGUUUAUUGGUGCAAUUUUGGUAUGGGUUGUGGCAAUUCCUUUGAGUUAUAUUAUGCCGAAUGAUAAGAAGCUUGAUCCUAAAUUGCUGUCGCCGGUAAUAUCACCAUUUGUGAAAUAUGAUGCUGUUAAUACUGAAGAUUUUGUAUUAAAUGAAAAACCAAUGAAUCAGUGAUUCGAUUGGAGUAUUUUAUAUAAGCUAGUGUAAAAUUACAUAUUUUGAUAAAAUUU